UGUUUUGUCCAAGUGUUGUCCCAACAUCCUUCACUUAGCUUCAUGGCUUCAUCAGCUUCGCUGGUGUUUGUUCACGAUGACUUCACGCACACUUUCAAAAUCUUCAAGGUGAAGGGAUGCGCCACAAUCAACACAGAGGGCAAGAGCUUCCAUCCUCUCACUGCUGGAGACCUUGACGGACUCAACAAGCAGACGUUGCAGAAGUUUGCGCACAAGGGGGCUCGCAAUCUGCCUUUGCGAAUGUCUCGCGAUGAGAUGGUCAAUCAUUGUUUGACCAAUUGGCAGUUGCUCUUGGAGAACUACGGGGACAUGACGCAUCUUCGUGCACCAGAGGCGCCAGCCCCACCAAUGGUGACAGAGGCUCAGGAGGAGUCAGAGGAAGAGGCUCAGGAGGAGUCAGAGGAAGAGGCUCAGGAGGAGUCAGAGGAAGAGGCUCAGGAGGCCGAUGACAGAGCCAACCAAGAGAGUGACCCAGAGUUGGUGGAGAAUCUCAUCCAGCUCUUCGAUGAUGAAUCCCACCUCGACCAAGCCUACUUGGAUGACCCUUGGGACUUGGACAGUGAGGAGAUUGAGCUCAUUCAGGUAUCCAUGAGAGAGCCAUGCAAGGGUCGCAACAUCUUUGAGCGCCCUUUCCGCCCAGCUAUGACGGUUUUGGAGUUCAAGGAGUGGUUCGUGCAGAAGACGCAGGAGAAGCAGCAUGGUCAGAUGAACAAGCUUGAGCUUGACACGACGGACUUCAAGCUGAUGUCCAACUACCAAGAGUUGCAGGAUGACCAGACCUUGAAGAGCUAUGCUCACUAUGGCAGGUUGGAGGUGCUCAUCCACUUCAAGCUCAAGGGCGGUGGGCUGGUGAGAAAGCAUGUCUCCAAGCAUCAGGCGCUCCAAGUGCUCAAAACCAAGGCGAAGGCUUUCGCCACCAAGGGAGAUGAGACCUUUGACCUUCACGCCUUCCCUGAUGACUUCCAACGCUUUGUCACGGCUCAGAAGGACAAGCUGGAAGCAGUUCAGCUUAUGGUUGGUGAAGGGCGAGACAUAGUGAAGUUGGCAUUGAGGAACGCCAAUGACACCACCUUGGUGGAGUUGAAGAACAUGAUGGAGAAAAAGUACGAAGGCAAGGAUGACGUCAGCGAGAGCCGAAUUGCCAUUGCCACUACAAUGCUCUUUCCUUCCUUGGAGACAUUGGGCGCAUCGGCAAAGGCUCUUGCCUCGGUGCAUGGUGAGAUGAUGGCAUACCUGAUGGGCUGUUAUGCCGAGAAAUAUCAUUUCUUCCAUGGUUCAGAGGCUCGUUUUGAGAACAAACGCUUUGUUUCUGACAUCGUUGAUGAGCAAAAGCGUCGGGUGAUUUUGACCGAUGCUGGAGCUCCUACUUCUGUGGAGCAGUCGCCAAAUUGCGCUGCGAUGUGA